GGUGCGGAGCUAGAGCCAAACACCGAACAGCAAGACUGAAAACAACACUUUGUGCGUCAGUAGAAAGAAGGAUUUCUAACUGAAUUCUGCUAUCAUAUGCACAGCCUUGGUUCUGUUAUGCCAUUUCCGGUUUUGUGGUUUACCUGUGCUUUCGUUGAAUUUUAGAGUUGAAACUAUUUGCAUGGCUACGCGAACUCACUAGGUAAAUAAGACUCCGUUUUCCCAAUAUGCAAAGUGGUACGAAAUGAGUUUGCUCAAGUAAUUUCCAAGGGAGACAAAUCCUUCUCAUCCUUAUGGAAUCCAGCAAAGAACGAGCAAGGUUCUGCGGCAAUAUUCUGGUGCGAAAGACAAAAAGAAAGAGCUUUCUUGCCAAGUCACUCUUCGAAGGAGUUUUUGGAGUAUUGAGCGAUAACUUGCUAGAGUAUUACCGCAGUUCGGCACAGUGGACAAAAGGAGAAAAACCUGAUUUUUUUCUCGAACUGCUCCACAUCCAAUCAGUCGAAGAAGUAGACGAUGAUGCAUUCAGCCAAGCGCUUUGUUUUCAGGUAACAUAUCACUGUCGCACUAAGAAGGAUAAUUCUAAUACUCGGACCCUUUACCUCUCCGCUUAUGAUGUGGAAGAGUUGGAGUCAUGGCUGAGUUCUUUACGAUCAGCUUGUCUGGACAAUCCAGUGUGCCUGACCCAGUACCAUUCGGGUCGCUUUACCGGAAAGGGAUGGUCGUGUUGUAGAGCUACCUCGUUUCGAGGCUCUGCUGGAUGCAAGCCAAGUACCAUAUAUGGAAUUCCAGCUGCAAAGAAGCACAAGUUAUCACCGGCAAUCAACUUCCACGGCUUCGGAGUAGUUGCAUUGGAGACUCAUUUCUCAGACAUGCCAGGGAGCCUUCCUUUUAAUGCCGGUGAUCAUCUGACGGUGUCUGGUGCUUCUGGUAGUGUGGAAUGGAAAGCUUUUUCAACUACAUCGACGAGUGGAUAUGGUUACAUUCCAAUAAAUCUUGUGAAAUUAAAGGAUCUCGACGAAGAACCGUGGUUUUUUGGCGAAAUUCCGACGUCUAUAGCUACGGCCAUUUUGAGAGAUCAGGUUCCCGGAUGUUUCAUCUUAAGAAGCAGUGGACUGGGGACGAAAACUAUUUUGUCGUUCAGAAUGGACAGAACAGUGAAACACAUAGAGGUCCUUCUCGAUGAGGCAACUCAGAAAUAUCGUGUCAAAGACGAAUCUGACGCAGUGUGCUAUGCGAAUUUCCUGCAGUUUGACAGCAUACAGCAGCUGCUGGAUCAAUGCAAGCAACAUCCAACUCUUGGAAUAACCCUGGAGAAAUAUCCCACCAUUAAAAACGCUGACGAAAUAUGGAGGGUUGACUGGGGCGAGAUUGAAACUGGGGGAGAAUUCAACGCAGAUCUUCCAUGGAAUGUCAGCUAUGGAAAAUUUCACAGCAAGGAUGCCUUGAUCCACGUUUUACCGGAAGGAAGUUCUGAUAUAUUAAAGGAGAAGUUUAGUAACCAGGCCAGACUAAUGAUGAUCUUUAACCAUGACAAUGUAGUAAAGUUACAAGGAGUGGGAAUUAAAGGACCGCGCAGUUUUAUGGUUCACGAAUAUCUGUCUAAUGGAGACCUUUCAGACUAUCUGACGAGAAACUCUUCUCUGUUACUUUCCUAUCCCACGGAAUUGGGGCAUAUCAUGAAUCAAGUGAUCAACGGAAUGGUCUAUCUGCACGAAUGCCGUACAGUACACGGCGAGUUGGUUCCCAAGAACUGUCUUGUAGGCGAUAAAGGAACAAUAAAGAUAUCCGGCUUUCAUUGUGCAAGAUCUCCCUGGUGCAAGAGAGCACUCUCGGACGAUGUUUACAAGAACAAGAUCCCCAUUCCAGCCCCUGAACUUAUGGAGUCUACAGGAUCGUUUCCGUCAGACGUCUGGGCUUACGGUUUAUUCAUCUUUGCUGUCACUACAGCGAUCCAGCAACCAAUAACAGAUUUAGAGCAGGUGUUACAGUUCAAACGGAAGGACGACACAUUGGACAACGUUUCCAGUUUCAUUGAUAAGAUUACUAUGUGCUUGCAAGCGGAACCUACGGCUCGCCCAACCUUUCAAGAUCUUCGUGACUCACUUUCAGAGAAGGUUGGAUCUUCGACCCCAAGUUGUUCUUCCCAUUCUUUGGAAGACCCACUGAACGUGCUGAAUUUUGCUGAUGAAAAUUCAAAAUCUAUCGUCAAGAAAAACAAAGAUACUAUGGUGGAAUCAUUUGAGGAUGGCAACGCUGCAAUGGAUUGGGACGAUACUGACAUACCAGCAUCUUAUGAUCAGGAAAAACUGAAACAACGACUUCGAAGUGCCGAGUUGGAAGCGUUAAAAGCAAAAGCUUUGCAGAAAAGAGCUGAAGCUGCCAAAGACUCCAUCCUUGCUCAAGUCCAAGAGGCGGAAACAAAGUGUUUGAAAGAAGUGGAACUAAUGACGAAGACCUUUCUGUUACGAUUAAACGAAGCAAACGAUCGAGCAGUCGAAGCCGAACAAGCACGCUACAUCGCGGAAGAGGUGAAGCGCCUUACUGAAGAGAAGUACACACUUUACAAGUACGAAAGUGAGAAAAAUAUGCACGAGCUGAGAUCUAUGUUUGACGAUACCCUUCUCGAGAGGGAUGAGUUAGUCGCAGCCUUGAAAUCCGUUGGCAAAGAUUUCGAUGCACCGGAGUUGAUUUCUCCAAAAAGGAAAGAUUCCAUCAACCAACUAGAAGAGAAGUAUCAGCGGUACAUUUCUACAAGUGAUCGAACAAUACAAAGCCUGAAGACACAACUAAAUGGAGUUGUAAAACAGAGGGAUGAGUUAGCUAUCCAUCAUGAAACCACAAGGAACGAAAUGAAAGACACUCGAGAAGCGUUGGAUCAAGCAAAAAAAGAGAAAGAAGAAUUUCAAUUCAGGUUAGAAGAGGCACAAUUUGAAAUAGAGCGACUAGAAGAGAUGAUCUCAACCAUGACUCAAAAACGUCAGCAAGCAGAACGUGAGAGAGACCAGUUACAGAUGCUUACGGACAUGUCUCUGAUGAAACUCAGGCAGGCGGAAUCAGAGGCACCAAGGAAAAGGGCUUCCCUGUGUUCCUUUCCACCAAAGAUUGACGACCGUCCCAAAGAAAAGAGAGAUCCUAGUCUAAGAAGACUUUCUGAACAAUUAUUGCACUUGAUCGAUCCUCCAUCGGAAGAUAUUCCACUAAAAUCAAGUGAUAAUGUCGUCGACGAAGGAAGUGAAACUCAAGAGACGGAAAGAAAUAUGACAAAGUCCGGUACCGCGAUCGAGAACGUAUCGUCUCAUGGAAAACAGAAACUACGGAGGCUUGGAAAAAGUGCAAUGCCCUUGAUACCACAGAUAAAGAAAUUUGCUCCAUUCAAACCAAUAAGUCGCAAGCAAAAUUACUUUCACCAGAAUGCGUCAGAUGGACACGAUUCAACAUCAGCUGCGAAUAACGUUUACAUCAACAUCGACCAAAACGUAAAAUCACAAAAUGACACUUGGCAGGAGGCUGUGAAUGCACAUGAGGAGCCUGAAAAAACGACGUUUCCCGAAGACCAUCCAAACCUCUCUGAUUUCGUUUCAUCAAAGCAAUUUACGAUUCCAACUUUGCACAUAGAGGAGGCGGAUACUGACUCUGAUAUGGACCAUGGGAAGGAAGUUCCGCAGAUUGCAAUUUCAGACUUUGAUAAUACAGAACUCGCAAUAACCGAAGUCGACGAUGACGAAGAGUACAGUAGUUAUGAAACCGACGGCCAAGACUCUCCAAUGUUCAUCAUAGGAGACCAAGAAGGUCAAACGCGAAUUGUUUACAGUGUCGACGACCUUCCAAAGCUUUUAGAGGGAAUCCCUCAAACAAAUCUCUGAUCAAAAACUCGAAAACAUAUUAACAAAAUCUUUCUUGCAUGACUUUCUUGCAAGACUUUACGCCGUUAUUGCAUAUAUUAUAGGGUGGUCAUGGGAAACAGGAGGGAAGUGUUCAAGUACAUCAUCAUUUAUCAUUUCCACUGAAUUAAAAAUGUUUUCAAACAAAGUAAAAAAAAAUUAGAGAAAACCUUAUCUAACCCGACAGAUGGAGACCACCUACACAUUCAUCACCUUUAUCAUUUGAUAAAAAGUUUUGUGAGAUUAAUUUUUGUUUAUGUCCUGCACUACAUUUUUUCAGGAAAAAAAACAAAUAGAAAAUUAUCCAUAAAAAUUUUAUUCUUCUUCCAAUAUUUUCUUCAGAGAAUAUUUCAUGAAGUAUCUUUUGUUUUUGUAUUCCACUUCAAAACUCUUCAAAACUCGAAUAACUAGUGAUGAGAUAUCGUAAGCUAAUCGCAAGUGAAAUGCAGUAACUAAACUUUCAAAUAGAAUAACUUAGUUGAAACAAUACGCAGAUGAUUUGGAUUUGCGGAUCACUCCCUCAUAUGAUCUCCCGAGCCACGUAUUUUAAGAGAUGAUAAGCAGUUGUCUUGAUUCGUGAUAAAAUUUAUGGAAUUGAUUUCGCGCAUCCCUUUCAAUUCGAAGUGAUUUAACCUGACCUUGGAAUGCAGCGUAAACAUGAUUCAUCACCAAUUUUUGUAACAAAAAUAUGUUUUAAUUUGUGUAGAUAAGCCGGAUAAAGUGUUCAUAUAAAAGGAAACGAUGGGUACAACAUGAUUAGUAAUAGGCGUACCUCGUGUGCCGACAAGACGUCCUUGAUAUAUAAUGAAUCUUCAUCAGAUUUUUUUACCGUUUGUCAUCCUUGCAAAUACUUUGUUUGCGGUGAAAGGUAAGACAAUUGGUUAUUAACAUGGACAACCAUCAUUUUUCUUAUAGUAAAUUCUGAAGCGAAUAUCAAGCGAGUGAGAGGCGGGUGCGCACUACGAGCUGUAACAAUAUAUGCCCUGGAAUCUCUCCCAUUUCUCGAUGCUACUUUUCUUUUUAUCAUUACUUUAGAAAUCACUUUUUGUUUUUAUCAAAGUUCAAAUUAUUGGAAGUUUUGCACACUAAA